CGUUUAACAACAUUCAGCAGUUUUUGUGAAUUUAUUUAUUUAAUUUUUAUUUGUUCUUUACCAUAAAGAAAAUUCAAAUUGAAUUUAACAAAAAGUACAGAGAAAGUACAACAAAAUGUUGAAAACUCUUUUAUUGCUGGGUGUGUGUUUUGUUAUAUUGGCCACGGGCGAAUGUGGUUUAUCAACACUUUAUCAUCGUAAAACUACAACCGAACAACCUGAAAGUACAACUGCUACAGCCAGCGAUCGAGUGUCAGCUGCCUAUUAUAAAUCGAACAAUGUACCCAAAGUGGACGAGGGUUGCAGCAUAACUUUCGAAUGCAAGAAGAAGCUUAAGGCUGCCGAGAAUCCCAAACCCUGUGUAAAAUUCUGCGUUAAAUUCAUUGAAUGUGAGAAUGGAAAGAAAACAAAUGGUGCACCCGGUCAGUGUGUAGAACUGAAUGAAGAAAUGGUGUCCCAAGAAUACAAUGAUUGUAAAAAGGAUAAGGAGGAAGGUACCUCCAACAGCCACAUUAUGCAAGUGGCCAUGAUUGAUUUUCCUUGUCAGCCGGGUUACUUGCCCGACAGUCGUGGUCGCUGUCGUGAAGUUUGGUAGUAGAUAUUAGUACCUGCUGCUUACCCCUUUGCCGAAAAAGGAACGCAAAACUUUACUGCUGUCUUUAAAACUUAUGGUGUGUGCAUGUGAUACGAAAUACUCAAUUUUACCAAAGAAUAAAAAGUGUGGCCUUUUCAAAAAGGUGUAAAAUAAAAAUUGUUAAAAAAAAAAUUAUAAUAAAUUGAUUUUCAUUUUUCCCUAUA